GGCAUGAUAUUCCAUGAGCGCAUCAAUAUUUUGAUGAUAUCCUCUUUACUACCAUUGUAAUAAUGGUGUCCACACUAUUAGUACUAUAAGGUUAUAAAUGUGGAACAGUGUGGAAACAUGAUUUUAGGAGUUCUAGGGGAGCUUUUAAAGAGCCACAAUUAUUUGUUCAGUUCAUGUAUUGUGUGUAGCCCACACUUUAGGGAAUAUAAUGUUUGUGUGUGUGUGUGUGUGUGUGUGUGUGUGUGUAUAUAUACACACACACGUGUGUGUGUGUGUGUAUGUAUGUUUUAGCACAGACUAGGACGGCUCUUUUGCUAAUUAUAACAGGGUUUAAGUCAAUAAUAUAUCGAUUUCGACUUUUAUGUGCUUAUAUUUCCUUUCACCUCAGCAGGAUUCUUACGACACAAUCUGGUCCCCAAAGGACGUUCCAGGUAUUUAAUUUACGUGUGUCUCACCCUUGGAAACUCACCUUAGAGUGACUUUACAAUGCUGUUACUAAUUGGAGCUCUGUAAUCAUGAUGCUCUCCAGCUAAACCACGCUGCUUGUACUCCUAAACGUGCUAUGAUUUGAUUAAACUAGACCUGUUCUCCCUGCUUUCCUUUUCUUUCAGUACGCCAGUGUGAACUUUCAACACAUAAAUAAAAUAUAUAUCUGUAUAGAAUUGAACUACCAUUGUUUAUUCAGACAGAUACACACUUGAGGUCGUGUUCCACUUUGUGUGUUAGUACCUGUUGUAAUCCGCUAAUCUGUGGAAAGUGUUGUGCUCGUUUUUUCUUCCUAAUACGUCUCCCUAAUCCGCCUUCAUUAAGGCAUGUCUGCAUUAAAAUGACAAAAUCGCACUCCAUGGCUUUCAGUGUUUGCAGACAAGUAGAAAAUGUUACAUCUUGUACUGUGCACCAGACAUUCAAAGUUAAAUUGUGAAUUUCAUUAUCAGCAAUUAAAGUUGGCACCCAUGCACCCCCCCAUCGCUGUUAAUAGUCUGGUAGAUGAGAUAUUAUUGGUAAACAAGCUUUGAGAUCAUGCCAGAGGCUUAGUGAGGUUUAACCCACGUGACUCCGCCUGUGUUGGUCAUUCACUCCACACACACACAAGCCCAUUCAUUGUCAUCCCAUUUGAGGCCAGACACCCGACGCAGGUACUCUUUGGAGGAGGCAAAUGAACACUCUGGAAGAUGUCCCUUUUGGAACCCCGCUGGGCUCACUGGGGCAGGAAGUUUAUGUGAUGACGCCUCCAGACAUUUCUGUGCCCGACUGUCCACGGAUACUGCAGGAAACUGAGUAUGGUUUCAACCUGGAGAGGCUCAUACUAACCAGCCAGCAGCCAGUCUAUGAAGUGCCAUCAUGUCCCCCCUACUGGCUGAUGUUCAGCAGCCCUCAAGAGUGCUGCAGGGCCCCUCACCGGACUGGGGAUCCUAGGUGCAAAUCUCGGACCCGCAGUUACAGCCUGAACGCUGCGGAUGUUCACUGGUUGCACCAUCGCACUCUCAGCUUCCUCAGAUCUGAUUCGGAUGAGGAAGAUGGCUACUGCGAAGAUAACGAAGGCUCCUCCUCUGAAGAUGCUCCUCGAGAACUUGCCAAGAGUCAAGAGCGGCCCCGCAGUGCUGCCCUCGCCAGGGUAAAAGACAUGCACCUCGGCCUUCCCACGCUGCGCUGCAGACCGGAAGUGUCUCCAAAGAGUCUCAGGAGCCACAGAGGAACCUCUUCAGAUUGUGGCCCACCACAGGUUGGCCCCCUCCCUCCAGGACAGAAGAGCACUAAAAAGAGGCAGCGUGCUCAGAGUGCUGUAGGGAGACUGCACCCACAAAUCCAAGCCCCCGCUGGCUCCACUUCCUCCAGGCUGCAGCAGCAACGUCCAUCCUCUGCAGGGCCGGUCAUCAAAAACUGCAGGCAAAAAGUACGUAAACCCCUCCUUGAAUGUUUACAUCAUACGUUUAAGCUUCAUGGGAAUACUCGGCAGGCUUUGAGAACUGGAGGAGCUUUCCUUGACUCAGCAACAGAGCUACUGUCAGCUCUCAGCCAAGAGGAGAGGGAGUUGCUGGAAGCUGUCACUGACAAAGGUUACCCUUUGCGUACUGCCAUCUUGGCUCUGCAGAAGACUGGAUACAACAGCCCAGACAAGCUGUUGAAGUACCUGGUAGCCUGCAAUCAUCUCUGCGAGCUGGGUUAUGAUGAAGCGCAAGUAGAGGAGGCCUUGGAGAUGUUCCAGAACUGUGAGAGCAAGGCUGCUGAGUUUCUGCGACUCCUCGCUCAGUUUAAUGAGAUGGGCUUCCAGCAAAGUGCCAUCAAAGAAGUGCUGCUUGUUCAUGAAAAUCAUCGUGAAAAGGCUCUUGAAGAACUGAUGACCCGCAUGACUUAAACAGGACGUUUGGAGGAAUAUUCCCAUAUCAAAAAUGACUCAAACAAAAUGCAUAUUUGCAACCUUCCAUCCAUUUUUGUAUGCCGCUUAUCCUCAUUAGGGUUGCUGGGGUAUGCUGGAGCCUAUCCCACAUGACACCGGGCGAGAGGUGGGGUACACCCUGGACUGGUAACCAGCCAAUCGCAGGGCACAUAUAGACAAACAACCAUUUAGGCCAAUUAACCUAACAUGCAUGUUUCAGCAAUGUGGGAGAAAAACUGAGUACCCGGAGAAAACCCACGCACACACGGGGAGAACAUGCAAACUCCACACGGAGGUAUAUUUGCAACGUUCGAUGCUGAAAAAUAAAAAGGACAUUGAAAAAAACGUUUGACUCCACAAAGCAUGAACGUUUUGUUCAGACAUUUAUUUAUAGGUUGAUUAAAAAAAAGAAAGCAUUGUGUUUCUGAAGAGAAACAAGAUUUAGACAAAAAAAGUGUACUGACAAAUACCACAUUUCAGUAAGAUGGUGGUCAACCUUGAAAUGAAAAAUAAUAAUAAAAAAAAAACAUUUACUUUCUACAAAAAUACAGAAGUGCGACUGAAGUGACACUGUAAUAAGUCUCGGUAGUCAAUAUGUUCAAACAGAGUAAAUUAUUUACAUUUUUUGGGGUAACGCCACACUAACCAACCACUUAGCUGCUGGACUUGGGUCACUGAUGAGUGACCGUGGAGUUGAGCAGUCCCGGCUUCACAGUCGAUUUAGAAGCCUUUGUGAGGUCCCUCUGCGAGUACAGAACAAAAUGUAUGUCAGUUGAGAACAGUUCAAUUCAUCAACGGCUUGUUCAUAAAGUAUAUUCCAACAUGACAUCCUAUGCUGAAGAUUUGGUGGAAAUGAGCAAGUUUGGAUUGAGUAGGAUUAACAUGGCUCAAAUGCAAGCAUGAAUUUGCUGUAUUAAUGCACCAUGCAAGUGUCAGUAGGUGAAGCAAGAGGUAUGAAAGAAUUUAUGAAAACUUAAAAAAAAAAAAAAAAGUGUAUUCCCCUGCCAUGAGUUAUUUCGAUCACUACCAAAAGUGCGCAAUUAACGCCUCUAUUCAAUUAACCAGUCUCCUGUAGUUGUCAGUUGCUACAAGUAACUUGUGUGUAGGGUUCAGGUGCAUCAAAUGUGUUUGUGAUUUUGAAAAACUAAAUUUACCGCAAAUUCCAAAUAGGAGCCAGCAACAGCGUUAAAGGUAAAGGUGUGAUCUUGAGUGUCCUGACACCUGAGUGCGUCACAUGGAGGGUUCCUGUUCAGUUGGGACAGAUUUUCCUUGUUCCCCUCCUGUGCACGUGGAGUCUUUGAGUGUCCAGGGGUUCGCAGGCCAAGACUCUACAAGUAUUGUUCAUUGCGUUUAGCAUCUACAGACUCUAAAUGGACCGUGUGUCCCGUCUAGUCAAAGUAUCAAGGAUCCCCGUGGAGCGUUGUGUACCUUGCUGGCAGACAGUGGAGGUUUCUGGAUUGAAGACUGACACAAGGUAGCUCCGAGGCCUGAACUGACGAAGGUGCCGGGUGUGGACAUUGUCAACGGGCCCAUCUGCAAAAAGAUGCGAGUACUUAUUUUCACAUCAAUUUUCCACCAACACACCUUCAAAAAAAAGAUCAUUUUCAUUUAAGUGACCUUUCUUAGUUUGCCUGGUGUAGGGUUUCCAGCAAGCCUCCUUUUGGACGGUGUCUUCACUGCAGUCCUGUACAACAUGUCCUCCUGAGUCUGCUUGCUCUUCUUCAGUUGCUAUUUCAACAUAAAACAUCAUUGACACCAUGCACUACAGAUGACUUCCUUUAAGCCGCAACAUACCCUUUCCAUUUUCUCUUUCUCCUUCUCAACAUGGUACUGCUCCCACUGCUGCUGCACAUAGUCCAAAAACUUCUGUCCAUUCACAAAGAAGUCUUUGCCAUGCUCCUGCUCCCAAGCAUCGAUUUGGCCCUUUAGAGCUUUUUCAAGCUGGAGACAGGAAUCACGCUCUUACCUUAAUUCAAAACAUUAAGCUGACAUAACAGUUACAAAACACUUGAUCAAGGACAUGAGUCAAUGUUCUAACAGGGCCAUCUACUGGCGUAAUGUGGUAAGGCACAGCAAACGCAGUACCUUGGGCAAACUUUUGUGCAGAUCACUUCUCUGCUUGGCCUCUUUUAGAAGGUUCCCGCCUCUAUUGUUGAGCCUCGAGGGGUCGUUAGCUUUCCUCUGAGAGGAGACAUCGCAACCAAUCACGCACACAUACCACAAAGACCUGUGUUUCUGACCACGGUUAAGUACUUACAUCCAGCUCCAAAUACAAGGCCCAAUUCUCCUGCCAUUUUGUCACGCCUUCAAACAGCUCCUUAUGGUCCUCGUAAUAACUCUUCAGAGUUUCCACUUCAGCCUCAUGCAGGUUGAGAAGAUCCUCGGUGAAAUCCUCUGCAUAAAAAAGACAAACAAAAACAACCACAAAAAAAACAUGCAUUGAGAAGUGGUCCACCCUGCACAGUCUCUAGUGAUGUGUUGGUUGGGAAUGAAACGGUCUUUUUGUGUUAAAGCCGCACAGGCAAGCUGGGAAGGUGAGGAAAAUGAGCAGCUGCAAACAAAUGUUGGGGCACUUGGUGUUUCUGAACACCAAUCUUCACUAAAGACUAGCAAAAACGUACCUGGAUGCUGCUUUUCUUUUUAGUUUUGCACAUUUUAUUUUACAUUUGGUUGUGUCGUGUUUUGUUGGUGUUGGUUCUCUGUUAAUAGUUGGCCAUUUAGAAAUACAUACAAUCAGAUUGGAACCUUUUGUCUAAUUGGGAUGGGUCUUUGCUUCUGUGGUUUAUCAUUUGUUUUUUUGUAGCAAUCUGUUCCAUGUUCAGCAUAUAAAACAUUUGAUAUAGUUCCAUUUUUACAUUAGAAAUUCAUUUUACGCAUGUUUGGGUGACAAAUCAAUUUAAGAAAUGAAAAAAAACAAACAAACUGAGGAGGCAUUUUGGAGCUAAAAAAAAAAAAAGAGCCAAAAUUAAUUCCCAUCACUAAUGGUUGCUGGACCCUUUUAGGCACACCUGCACAGUCUGAUGAAAUACUGCUACUUACUUGGCCUUUAUGAUUAUGAUUUAUCAUUUAACAUUGUUUAGUACUGCGAUUGCAGUGGUGUACAACUACAUCAUACAAAUACAGGUUUCUCAUAUUUUGGUUUCCACUAGGUAGCUCCAUGGAAAAUACAACAUUAGAAGGGCACAAUUUGUCAUGAAAUUGUGCAGGUGUGUUUAACUGUUGCACUCAGUGAGUGUAUAUAUGUAUUGUGUGCAUCUCUGUGCCCACCAUCUUGAUAAUGAACAAAAUCCUGGCGCUGUUCUUGGCUGUAGAAGCAUCGCAUCCAGUAGAGAGAGAUUUCAGCUCUGAUGGACUCAAUCACACUUUUCAUGCUCU